UAUAGAAUGAUAACACUAGGAGCAGUCAGACAAGGAGAAUACUUAUAAUGGCGUCCAAAGGUGGUCUACGGAGCUCGAUCCGUGAGGGUGAUGCUUUGAAGAAAGAGGUGGAUGCCUUUGGAGUGGAAUGCCAGGGAGUUAUUGAAGACAUGGGAUUAACUGACAGGAAACUUCGCUUGCAGAAAUUACUACAAAGAAGCAAAGAUUUAGUGAAGAAGGCUACCAAGGCAGAGCAGACAGUAUCAAAACACACAAAGGGCAAGGAACCAACUCCAAUCAGUCGGUUUGAUGAAGUCAAAGCAGAUGAGAUUAAGAGACUUAAAACCUUGAAGAGUCGUCUUGAGAAACUACAAGAGAACCUCGUCCCAGAUGAAGUAGAGGAAGAGUAUUUCCGCCAAGCCACAGAUCAAAAAGUGCCAUCCAAAAAAGUCAGUAUUAAGCCUAGUGCUGACAGCACUUUGGGAGACGAAGAAUCAGAUGAAGAAGAAGAUGAAGAUGAAAAAGAUGAAGAAGAAGAGGAGGAGGAGGACGGGGAAGAGGAGGAUGAGAAGUCCCCAUCUCCCAAAGCAGAGAGCAAACUGAAACGUCUCAGCAUCUUCCGCCGCUCAUCCAAAAGCGCCAAGGACGCUGCUUCAAAACCCAAAGAGUCAGAGGACAGUGUCGCAGGAGAGACUAAGAAGGAGAAAAAAGACAGAGAAAAAAAGGAGAAGUUGCUUGAGAAGGAACGACGCGAGCAGGAGAAACGGGAAAAGCGGGAAAAGGAUAAACAAAUUAAGGAACAGAAGGAAAGGGAAAAGAGGGAGCAGAAGGAAAGCAAGAAGGGGAGUGGCAAAGGAAAAGCUGGGAAGGCUGAGGCAACUCUGGAAGAGAUAAGCGAAAGAUCCGAGGAAGAGGAUGAUGAGGAUGAGGAUGAGGAAAUGGAAGACAGUGAAGACGACGAAGACGAUGUUCCAAUAAAGUCUUCAAAGUCAUCUCGGAGUCCAUUCGGAGGCAAACGUAAGGCCAGUGAAUCGGAGGACACUGUGAAGUCGCCAAAGGAGAAGAAAGGAGGCAGUGGGUGGAAGCUCUUCCAGCGCAAGCCGGCUGACAGGAAGGCUACAACAGCUGGAGGAGAAGCUGACAUCAAGGAGACAGGAACUCAAAAGAAAGGAGCGUCAAGCAAGAAAGAAGAACCAAAAGGAAAACAGGCUUCCAAACAAGCUGCAGUAGAGUUGGAAGACGAUGAAGAUUCUUACGAAGAUGAAGAUGAUGAUGAGGAUGAAUACGAAGAUGAGGAGGAGGAUGGGAAGGAGGUGUCUGAGGAGGAGGAAGAUGUGUCUGGAGAGGAGGAGGAAUUGGAAGAUGAAGAAGAGGAAGAGGAGGAGGAUGAAGACGAAGAAGUCGAUGAUGAAGAAGAUGAGGAGGAGGAGGAAGAUGAAUAUGAAGAUGAGGAUUCCGAAGAUGAACUUGGAGUAACCGGAGACUCUGCCGUCAGUGAUGGAGUGUUCCAACCUCCUGAUGAAGGGAUGGAGAGGUUUGAGGCUGUUUGCGACUUCAAUCCGGAGCAAACUGAAGAUCUUGGCUUUAGAUGUGGUGACAUUGUCACUGUCCUAAACGCAAGGGAGGAUGGAUGGUGGAUGGCUGAGGAUGAAGAGGGAAAUCGUGGUCUGGUACCCAGUACCUAUCUCAAGUUGAAAAAAGACUACAGUGAUCAUAGAGAUCUCCAGUCUCCUGAGCAUGAAAAUCAAGAUCAUGGGCAAGGAGCCCGUCGGAAAUCUGGGACUGAGCUCUGGAAGGGAUUGAAGAAAGCAAUGACAGAGACGAGUGUAACCGAUGUAUUGACAGCCAUGGGAGCAAUUCCUUCAGGGUUCAGGCCCUCAUUGACUGCCAGACUUCUUAAAGAGGAUCAGUACACCUUGAGUCACAUCUUAAAGCCUCGGCUGAGCCCCUCUAGUCUUGCCUUCAAAGAUCUCUUCUGGAAUCCUCAAGAAAAUCAGAUAAGAGCUCGCUCUGUACGCGUCCAGAAGAUGUUUUCAGUUAUGAUGAUCAAGAACAUGCCACAAGUUGGAGCAGGUAUUGAAGCAAAGAACAGGCAUAUCAGAGUAGCAGUGUUUGACGGUGAAAAGGUCCUGAGUAAUAUUCAUACGGUUCAAGCAACAUACGUUGAGUCGGACCCCAAAACUUGGAGGUUCUCCCCAAAGAUGACAGGAAUGCUCCCUAGUGCACUGGAUGGGGAUUGCUUCGUACGUACUACCCAUACACAGGAAAACAUUGGACUGCUGUUUGAGUGCUGCCUUACCUACCUGCGAACGAAAACUGGUGAAAAGGGAGAGUUCAGUUGUGGCUGGGUGCACUUACCGCUGUUUGAUGAAACCACAGGUGCCCCAAUUGUCAACAAGGUUUAUGAAGUGCCAAUCAAAGGAGGAACUCCAUUUGAACAAGACGUUGAUGUAGAUCCAUCCAUCAGCAGAAAGGCUUCGACAAGUAAAUUUCGCACCAUGAUGACAGCCAACAAAUUGCCAAGACUAGUCAUCAAAUUAGUCACUCCAACCAAGGAACAGAAGGCAGAACUAGACACUCUACCGGACACAGUCGUUAGCAGUACCUGCUACGUCCCAGCUCUCUCAUUUUAUCGGAAACUUCUGGCUGAUGCUCUUCUCACAGACAGAAUCGACCUGCAGAAUACGGAUCUGAUUCACAGUCCGGUUCUGGCAAGUUUCCCUCAUGCUACCCUCUACCCAGACAUCAUGGAUGCACUCAGGACUUGUUGGGCAGACAAGAAAAGAACAAUGAAGAAAUCGGACAAGAGAGACCUAGGUCAGUUGAAAAAGCAGUUUAGCGACGCCUGUAUGGAGAGUGUUUAUCCGCUCAUUCAGUCCGCCACAUUACCUCUCUACAAGUUUGGAGACACUGACAAUGAUCAGGAACGAUGGGAAGAAAUCUCAAGUCUGACGAAGCACAAUCAAACCACCGGAAUACUUCACUAUCUACUACAGCCAGGGGUCAUGCACACGCCGUUUGAAAUCACUGAAGUCACCUUUGACCUUUUGGAGGUGUACAGUGAGAAAAGGUGACAAUGGUUACCUGGACACCACGAUGCAUAACCUUGAUCAAAACCAGAACAAAAUAGAAAGCUGUGAUACCAAAGAAACCCUCAUUUUUAAUAAGGGAAUCAAUGUGUGGUGAAGAGGUUUUCAACUAGUGGUUUAAUCUCAACGAGG